AUGAUCCAAAUCGAUUUGUAUUCAGGUCCACCUUGGGGUUUCAGAAUCUCUCAAGAUCAAGAAUUGAGGCCGAUUAUUGGACAGGUUAGCGUAUUCAGAAAAUUAUUUGAAAAAUAUAUUAGGAUGUUUCUAGAUAAUUCCUGGUGGUCGUGGUGAUAUCGCCGGGUUGAAAAUUGGUGAUUUGAUUCGAAAAAUUGGCAUAAUAUCGGUGGCAACAUGCCAACAAGCUCAUUCUUUGAUGCACGCGACCAGAGACAAAUUGACUCUUGUGAUUGAAAGUUGA